ACGUUGCUAAGUAGUGUAGGCUCGCAGCACGUUCCGCUACGAGAAUAAAAUGCUGAGCCAGCAUCAUUCAAGAGAAGUGGUAUGAGUGCCUCCCGAGUGGGGUUUAUAAGGACAGCAUUCCACGCUCUGACAUUUAUCGAGUGACAUACCUAUUUGUUUUAAUUUUUAAAGCGACAUAAGCAAUGAAGGGCAUUCGAGGAUGGGCGCUUUUAGCUGCGUGUCUAUGGCUGCUGACGCUGGCUGAAGGUCGGCGGAAAUUAAAAAGGCAUGACUUGGAGGACUAUAAGUCCGCUGAGGAUGUUGAAAACGGUGAAGACUACGAUGAGGUAGAACCAUGCCAGUGUGGUGUCUUUAUGUCCCAGCAAGUUGGUAUUAAAGAAGGUCGCCGUAGUAAACCUCGAGGACCACCGCAGGGCGAGCCUGUGGUCACAUACGACACCGACGCCCCAAGCCUUCCCUGCGGCAGUAGAGGAUUCAAGAGCUGUAUCAGUACAUGCCUUGAUGUGAUUUUGCAGUACCUUCCUAAAGCGGGGCCAGUGAUUUGCGGUGCGGUAGAGCGCGACGUGUAUCGAGAGAGGGCGUUUCUAUUCAUCAAGAACUGUGGCGGCGACUGGACGGCGACCAGCUUUUCUGCCGGCAAGGAGUUUUGCUGCGUUAACGGCAAACACGAAAAAUGCUGAUACAAUUUAUUGAAACCCGAAAACGGCAUUAAAGUCGUUAAUAAUAUAACUUCUCUAUUCGUAAGGAAUGCUUUAGUACAUGUAUUGAACAGGCUGACAUGGAAUACCGAAGGGCAGGGACGCAAUAACCUCCACCGAGUUUUAUUUUACCGCGCUAAUAAAAAAGAGUUUGUUUACUUACUUGGCUAUGCAGUAUUUCCAUAAGAAUGUAAUCUCCAUGUGUGGUGCCAAUAAAUUAGUAAUAAAAUAAAGAUGUAAAAUGUGCAAUUACGCAUACAUCACAUUAGAUAAUGAUGACAUGAAUGUCUAAUUAAUUCUAUGAAUGUUUUAAGUUAUUUUUGUGUGAUGUUAUGUAUGGCAUUGCGGUUUAAGUAUGAGGUUAAUAUAAUUUAAAAAAAUAUUAA